GCUUACAGGGCUUACGGGCUUACAGGGCUAACAGGGCUUACAGGGUUAACAGGGCUUACAGGACUUACAGGGCUUACAGGGCUUACAGGGCUUAUGGGCUUACAGGGUUAACAGGGCUAACAGGGCUUACAGGGUUAACAGGGCUAACAGGGCUUACAGGGUUAACAGGGCUUACAGGGCUUACAGGCUUACAGGGCUAACAGGGCUUACAGUGCUUACGGGCUUACAGGGCUAACAGGGCUUACGGGCUUACAGGGCUUACAGGCUUACAGGGCUUACGGGCUUACAGAGCUUACAGGGCUUACAGGCUUACAGGGCUUACGGGCUUACAGGGCUUACAGGCUUACAGGGCUAACAGGGCUUACAGGGUUAACAGGGCUUACAGGGCUUACGGGCUUACAGGGCUUACAGGGCUUACGGGCUAACAGGCCUUACAGGGCUUACGGGCUUACAGGGCUUACAGACUUACAGGGCUUACGGGCUUACAGGGCUUAUGGGCUUACAGGGCUUACAGGCUUACAGGGCUUACAGGGCUUACAGGGUUAACAGGGCUUACAGGGCUAACAGGGCUUACAGGGCUUACCGGCUUACAGGGCUUACAGGGCUUACGGGCUAACAGGCCUUACAGGGCUUACGGGCUUACAGGGCUUACAGACUUACAGGGCUUACGGGCUUACAGGGCUUAUGGGCUUACAGGGCUUACAGGCUUACAGGGCUUACAGGGCUUACAGGCUUACAGGGCUUACGGGCUUACAGGGCUUACAGGGUUAACAGGGCUUACAGGGCUAACAGGGCUUACAGGGCUUACAGGGUUAACAGGGCUUACAGGGCUUACAGGGUUAACAGGGCUUACAGGGCUUACGGGCUUACAGGGCUUACGGGCUUACAGGGCUAACAGGGCUUACAGGGCUUACAGGGCUUACAGGGCUUACGGGCUUACAGGGCUAACAGGGCUUACAGGGCUAACAGGGCUUACAGGGCUU